UGACGUUCCACUAGAUUCUGCCAAUAGAGAUUACACGACCAUCACCCACCCCCACCCCCAGCAUGGAUGGAAACGUGAGGCCUCAAUUCUCUGCACAAAACACACCUUCUGCUUCUCUUUCUCUUUCACACACUCACACACACCGCGGAAGCAAAAAUGCAGCUGCUUCAGGCUCCUCUGGCAUUCCGCUGCUCCGUAUCGCAAUCAAACGCCAGAGCCGCGCAUGUCGCCGGAAAGUCAUUUUCCGAACCAAUUUUUGCUGCCGCUGCUGCUUCAUUUCUAUCUCCUAGGCAUUUUAAGCCUGCCUUCAUUUCUUAUGGCGAUGCACUAUAUAGCUCAAUUUCAGCUAAAGCUGCUUCAUCCCCAGCUUCCGUUACUGAAGUAUCAAGUCAAACAGCUGAGGCUGAUGUCCUAAAGGCUUUGUCCCAGAUCAUCGAUCCAGAUUUUGGUACUGAUAUCGUCUCAUGUGGGUUUGUUAAGGAUCUUGAUGUCGACAAAGAAUCGGGCAAGGUGUCAUUUCGGUUAGAGCUCACAACACCAGCAUGUCCAGUGAAAGACAUGUUUGAGCAGAAGGCCAAUGAGGUGGUUGCAACUCUUCCCUGGGUUGAAAAGGUUGAGGUGACUAUGUCUGCUCAACCAGCAAGACCUCUUUAUGCCUCGCAACUUCCAGCUGGUCUACAGACAAUAUCUAAUAUAGUGGCUGUUUCAAGUUGCAAGGGAGGGGUGGGAAAAUCAACCGUAGCAGUAAACCUUGCAUAUACUUUGGCGGGUAUGGGUGCAAGAGUUGGUAUAUUUGAUGCUGAUGUAUAUGGUCCUAGUUUGCCUACAAUGGUAUCCCCAGAAAACCGGUUGCUGGAAAUGAACCCAGAGAAGAGAACUAUAAUCCCAACUGAGUACAUGGGUGUCAAGCUCGUUUCUUUUGGAUUUGCUGGCCAAGGUCGAGCUAUUAUGCGUGGCCCAAUGGUUUCAGGUGUGAUUGAUCAACUACUGACUACUACUGAAUGGGGUGAACUUGACUACCUAGUCAUAGACAUGCCCCCUGGAACGGGUGAUAUUCAACUUACGUUAUGCCAGGUUGUCCCAUUGACUGCUGCUGUUAUUGUCACCACACCUCAGAAGCUAGCAUUCAUCGAUGUUGCGAAAGGAGUCCGCAUGUUUUCUAAGCUAAAGGUACCAUGUGUUGCAGUUGUUGAGAAUAUGUGCCACUUUGAUGCUGAUGGAAAACGAUACUAUCCAUUUGGCAGAGGUUCAGGUUCUCAGGUGGUUCAGGAGUUUGGGAUCCCUCAUCUGUUUGAGCUUCCUAUAAGACCAACUCUAUCUGUUUCUGGGGAUAGUGGAGUACCUGAAGUCGUGGCUGAUCCCCAAGGUGAAGUAGCGGGAACAUUUCAGGAUUUAGGUGUCUGCGUAGUGCAGCAGUGUGCCAAAAUCCGCCAACAAGUGUCAACAGCAGUCACUUAUGAUAAAUCUAUGAAGGCGAUCCGAGUCAAAGUACCUACAUCAGAUGAAGAGUUCUAUUUGCACCCGGCAACUGUGAGGCGAAAUGAUCGAUCUGCAGAAAGUGUGGACGAAUGGACUGGUGAGCAGAAACUGCGGUAUGGAGACAUACCAGAGGAUGUCGAACCUGAAGAAAUUCGGCCAAUGGGGAAUUAUGCUGUAUCCAUAACAUGGCCUGAUGGAUUUAACCAGAUUGCGCCAUACGAUCAGCUUCAAACAAUGGAGCGUUUAGUUGAUGUUCCUCUGCUCCUGGACUAAAAUAACAUCUCUGAAGACAACGAUUAUUGGCUUGCCCGACGUUCACCUGAAGUUUAUACCUGCCGAGUGAUCUUUCUCAGGUCUGCUGUCCAUUUACUAAAUUAUUUCUAACAUGUUGGGCAGCAGCAAAAGUUUAUAUUUCAAUUCUUUUUCUGUUUAGUCAUAGGCUUAAAUCACUCCAAGUUGUAUAUAGAUAGAGCUCAAAGAAAAUACUCUUAUGCAUAGCAGUAAAUUAUUCAGCAUGUUCCUUUUUA